GCUACGUAAUUGAACUAGGGAGGAGAAACAGCAAAUCCAGCUGUAGCCUGUAGAUCGUUCGAUCGACUAUAAUACGAACGAACCACUUCCCUGUAGCGAGAUACCGUAACCUCCGCUUAAAGAUUUCUCCAAAUCUUCAUCAAGUCGCGUGCAUCUGUGCAUCUACACUCUUCAGAUAUUGGGUUCAGUUUGUGCUCGAAUUUCUACUAUUAACCUCACUGCCUUAGGGCAUCUUGACCUAGGUCAAGGCUAAAAAAGAAGAGAAAAGUUUGUACAAAAACUGGGUUCGGUUUGGGUAUUAGGAUCAGCAUCAUAGGUUUGCUGGCGACGCAGAAUCCUCACCGGGAUGGAAUGGGUCCAUUGAGGAUUUGACGACACCCGAAGACAGCAGCACCCUUACCAGAGCCGACUCUCAUCUUUACUCUCCCUUUUAGACCCCAACGUAGCCUAUUCAAACAUAUUCACCAUUUUCUUUCCUUUACAAUUAAAUUUAUCCGGCAGCACAUUCGGAGAAUGGGGCUAAAACCAGGCUUGCCGAGGAACCGACGGCAGCUUCUGAACUAUAUUGGAGCGCUGUUUCUGGUCAUUGGUGGAUAUCAUCUGCUGUCCGGAUCCCAUCAUACUUCAUCAUUAAUCAGCAGCAAUUCCUUAACGCAACCAUAUGUUGGUGGUGAAAAAACUCCUCAUGAAGACCCCUGUGCAUCACUCAAAGGGCUUGAAGAUGUCUUCGUCAUCGUGAGGACGGGUUCAAAUGAAGUCGGCGAGAAGAUACCGCCACUUCUAAAUACCACGUUGCCGUGCUUCCGGCAUUACGGCAUCUGGUCCGAUAUGGAAGAAAAAUUUGCUGGACUUCAUAUCGCGGACGCCCUCGACGAGAUCGACCCUGAUCUCCUGGAAAAGCAUUCUGAUUUUGCGUACUACCGCCACCUGCGAGAAAAGGGCAAAGGCGGGCUCUCGGAGGACGAGCUUUCCGCCUGGGCAGACGCCCCCAACACCGCUUUUGGUCGUGACACGCCUGCUUGGAAGUUGGAUAAGUGGAAGUUCCUCGAGGUAGCGAGCAAAGCCUAUCGCCAGCACUCCACGAGCAAGUGGUAUAUCUUCCUCGAGGGCGACACGUAUAUCUUCUGGACUAGUCUUCUACCAUGGUUGUCAGGCAUCGACGCUUCGCGCGAUUUGUAUGUCGGUCGCCAGAUGAAUAUCGGAUCCGACGUGUUCGCCUAUGGCGGUGCAGGCAUCAUUAUUUCCAAUACGGCAAUGGAAAGGCUCAUACAACAGCGCGAUUCUGACGUCAAGGGUUACAACGAAUUGACGCUGAAUCAAUGGGCCGGCGACUUCAUCAUGUCGAAAGUCAUGUCCGAUGCCGGCAUAGACCUCUCAGCCGUCUGGCCGACUCUCGAAGGCGAGAUGCCUUCGAUGAUGGACAUGAAGACUAUAUCCACCAACGGCCGCCAUCUCUGGUGUUACAAUGCUGCUACAUACCAUCACAUGACUGCCGACGAUAUCUACACGUACUACGAUUUCGAGCGGAAGUGGAAUGCAGAGAACUCCAAGUUCCCGCGUCAUGGGGAUAUCUUCCGGGAGCUCGUCUAUCCUCGCAUCAAGUCCCAGAUAUCCAACUGGGACAAUCUCUCGCAAGACGUGGUUGACGAGGACUUCUCGUUCGGGCAGUGUCGAGACUGGUGCGAGAAGCACGACGACUGUAUACAGUUCUCCCUCACCGGCAGCACCUGUAAAACGAUGAAGUCGGUCAAGCUAGGAAAGGAGCAUCCGCUGACACACCAGUCUGACCAUGUGCGGAUCGACUCAGGUUGGAUUCUGAGCCGCGUUCAGUCUUGGAUGGAGGAAAUGGAGUCGUCUUGUAACGGCCAGGACUGGAUUACACCGUAAUCUUGGGGCACAUGUACUGCCGCUUCUUUUAAGGAUAUCUAUCUAGCAUAUGCAUUGGGGCGUUCGGGGGUACAUCGGUAUAACUUGUAUAAUCAAAAAUAGAGGGCAAUAGAGGAGAACAAGGGAGCACUUAGUCGUAGGCAGAACAGGCGUUGAAUCG